UCAUGAUCUUUGAUCACCACCUUUAUGUAAAUAAAUUUCAUAUAUAUUAUAUAUAUAUAUAUAUGCUACCAUCUGCUUAAAGAUCCAUCUUAUAACCACCCAUAUAUGAUUUAUGGCUGAUUCUUCCGCUUCCUAUAUUCAUAUGGUGCAGCAUCUGAUAGAGAAGUGUUUGAUCUUUGAUAUGACUAAAGAUGAGUGUAUUGAAGCUUUGUCUAAGCAUGCAAAGAUAGAUCCGGUCAUCACUUCAACUGUAUGGAAGGAGCUUGAAAAAGAGAACAAGGAGUUCUUUGAGGCCUAUUCCCGAUCUCAAGGAAAAGAAGACCGAAUGUCAGAGGCCGAGACAAGCGAGAUGAUCAUGAAGAUGAUAACCGACAAUUCUUCCAAGGAUGAUCCCGAUAACUAAUUAAUUAACCUAGCUUGCUA